ACCAUAUCACUCCACGAUUGUCGUUCGAAUGAGCAGGCCUAACAAGCAGGACUAAAAGGUCUCGAUCGUUAGCCUGGAUAGCCAUACGAUGCAUGGUUUUGAGAUGCUUAUUCGACUAUAAUGGCUGCACCCACACCGGAGAGCGACAUUCUUGAAGCACGAGACCCUGCGCUGGAAGAUCAGAGCGACGAAUGGCCCGAGUUCAACCUCAGCAACGCACUGGUCCACCUGCCCGAUCACCCGGAUGCCAUUGUCAGCCUUCUCGAGGCGUCGCAGAAUUAUCCCGUGACGGUAGUGGGAACGCUGGACACACCCACCGACGAGCGCUUCCAGCUGUACAAAGGGCCCGCAUAUCAGAAGCGCACAAGCAUGCAGAUUGAGAAUGUGCGAUUCUUCUCAUACGGUCAAUACCCGGAUGGCAGCAUCGCAUUAUGGGCGCCGGGAAAGGCAGGAUGGUUCACACUGCAGCCAAAUCGAGCCUACAAACGAACCUAUGCAGGAAUGAUCGAUGCCGUCCAGACCUUCUAUUACAUCGCAGAUGCAUACCGUGAGCCGAGAAGAUCAGGAAAAGGAAAGACGAUGACAACCUUACCGCACUACACCGCCGAUGAGUUUUUCGAGAAAUAUGCGAAAGAUCCGAAAUCAAGCUUUGUUACUUCCACAGACGCAGCAGAGCACAUAUACCACCACAAAGAGGCCCUCUUGUCAUUUAUGGUGACCGGAAAGGAGGACAUAACGUGGUCAAAGAUCCCCCUUUAUAUCCACCUAAUACGCAAGUUCCCAGAAGUACAUGCAGAGAUCAGGCAAAGGAUAAAACCACCUACCACGUCAAGUCACCCGGCAACAGGGACAGACGCGCAAAAUAAAGCUGACGAGACGGCAUCUACGACGAGCAGCAGCAGCAGAUCGCGCCGUGAGAGGCCGCAGAGAGGUACACAUCGCUCGUUGAACGAGACGUUGAAGUCGGAAAAUUCCAUUGAGGAUGGCCUGCAUCCUGCGACGCCUAUGAAAGACUCGGACAGCGACUCCGAUGUGCCUCGAAGGAAGGGCAAGUCGGUGCUCAGACUCAAACCUUCGAAGGCGGGCAAGACCGAGCCUCGCGCAAGCGGGAAGGCUCCUGUAGAUCACAGUGGCAUCCUCGAUGACGCACAAUCACCGAGCGGAGGAAAGAGGAAGCAUUUCAUUGAAGGAGAUUUGCACCGCCCACCGAAAAGGCAGAGCAGUCGGGCCCUCUCGGACGAAGGCAUUGACAUACCUUCCUCGCCUGACAAUACGGAUAGCAACGCCGACAGUCGGACCUCUGCUAACAAGAUGAUACAUGACAUGACCUAUCCUGCCAACGAUCCCGGACAGGAAGAUACCUGGACAUGCGCGCUUGACGGCUGUCGGUACAAAAUAUACGGCGCCCUGAAGCCUGAGUCGCAAAGACUGAUCAAAGAACAUUACGAGCUACAUGCAUUCGAUGAUGACGAACGUGUUCGGCUUGUAAAGAGGCUACAGGAGCCGAGCCUGCCAGCCGGGCACUUGAUGGAGCGCGUGAAGAUGCAGGCAAAAUCGGAAGGCUUUCCCAAGUCAAGUCUCGCUGGUACGAGAUAUCCAGAUUCAAUACCAAUCAGGACGGGGGUGGUACAGAAAUAUUAACAUGGUCAUAAGGGAAAGGAAUAGGGCGACUAUUUGUACAUUGGCAUCAAGAGCAUUGGCGUUCGGAAAUUAAGCUGGAGCCCUGGAGCUUUGAUUUGUUAGGGUUUGGGCAAGUCCAUAUCACUUGGGCUUUGGGGGGUUUUACGAGCAGUAUGAUAUCAGCAUCGCAAACUUGAAAUGAUAUUCGAACAUUCGGUCUUCAUUGUCUCAAACUCAUCGCGAGCACGACUCUUGUGUGCUUGUGUUCCAAGUUUGGCUCGGCAGCGCGAGAGGGACUAAAGUCUGUAAGCGUGAAUGAGCAUCUGUGAAAAGCAGUAGACAAGAAGAACGCUCCACUCGCACAAUAGCGGAAGUCCGCACAGAGAACCUCAAUCA